AUGAACCGCCUUGUGCGCCAGCGGGGGCCCCGCCGCUACCCGGCCGGACCCUCGCCCACACGUCCACGCGGCUCCGACCCCCUCGUGCAGACCGCGGGCGGCUCGACCGCCUCGCCGGCAGGGAACAAGAUGGGCCUGAAACCCGGGGAGAGGUUGGACGCGGCGGCGCCCAGCCCGACGUGGUUGACGAGCACACGCCUACUGACGGGCGACACGACCAAGAUGGACAGCUUCGGGCCCGGCCCCACCGCCGCGGCGGAACAGUCCAAGUCCAAGGCCGCAUCCCAGACCGACAGCCAGCACCACCGCGAUGAGGAGACAUCGCAACCACCCACUUUAUUCGUCGAUGCCUUCGCGAGCUAUAUUCUGACUAGGAUGACUGUAGAAUUGUCUUCAUUUGGAAUUCGACGACAGGCCCGGCGCCACCAUGGUAACGUGCCUGCUUCUCGGACCGCUCGGGCGGCGGCAGUGUUUCCGCCUUACCGCCCUAGCAUUCUUCUGCUGUCCUUUUAUUCGCAUGAAUAG